CUAGUUUGUGUCACUCUCGACCAUCACGAAGCAGUGCUCUACAGUGAAAAAUUGUUUAUUCUACAACCUUAUCUAUAAAAAGAUUAUGGAACAGGAAAUGUGGCAGCAUGCAAUACUACAAUACACCUUGCAUGCUAAUACUGGAAAUGACGUGAGAGAAAAGUGGGUCACAGCAGUUUCAGCAACCUGCUCGAAAGCAAACGUGUUGAACAAUUUUAUUCUGCGUGCAUUGUGUAUUGGUCCACUCAAAGCACUUUCAAUGUAUUUCAUAGAAUGUAAUAACUGUUACACAUUUUUUAGGAGGAGGACCUGCUGCUGCAGGCAUGACACCCCUGUCAGCAUUGGUUGGGGCUGUGGCUGGUCACAUGGCCACCAGAAUCGCAAAUGAGAAUGACUCGGACGGAGCAACUUAUCUCCCUCCAGUAGACAGCCAGCCUGUUGUUCGGCUCCUGCAGCCGAUGGUAACAGAAGUGGAAGCAGUGUAUGACUAUUACGAGGAGCACAGGAGCCCUGGCCACAUGCAGAACGACGAGGCAAUGGACUACAAUUAUGGUGUCACACACAAUACAUGUGCACCCAAUGCAGAUGAAAAUGCAGCUGCGUUGGAGCAUCUGGACAAUGAUUCUAACAAAGAAAACGAGCUUGACAGGCCAGCCAGAGAGGCCAGCCCAAGGCCAGCCCAAAGCCACCCAGAGGCCAGCCCAAGGCCACCCAGAGGCAGGAUGGCACUCCUUGAAAGAACACUUUCUUGCGAAAAUGAUGUAAGGAUUGCUUUGCUCCGGGAGGAGCAUAAGACACGAAUGCGCCUCCUGGAGGAGGAGCACAAGGACAACCUCCAGAAAAGAAAUGAAGAACACAAAAUCAAAAUGGAAAUUUUGCAAGUUCAGAAGCAAGUUGAGCUUGCCAAAUUGACGGCCAUGAACGAAAGAGUGUAA